AUGUCAUCAGCCGCAUUGAGCUUAGAGCUCCCUUGGGUUGAAAAGUAUCGUCCUCAUUUACUCAAAGAUAUAGUCGGCAAUCAAGAAACUAUUGCUCGCCUUCAACAGAUAGCUCAGGAUGGUAACAUGCCGCAUUUGAUUAUUAGCGGACUUCCUGGUAUCGGAAAAACUACAUCUGUCACCUGUCUCGCGCACGAGUUGCUAGGAAAAUCCUAUUCUCAAGCAGUGUUAGAACUCAAUGCUUCCGACGAUCGUGGUAUUGAUGUGGUGAGAAACCAAAUCAAGCAGUUUGCUCAAAAGAAGACUAGUCUUCCUCCUGGGAGACACAAAAUCGUCAUUCUAGAUGAAGCUGACUCAAUGACAGCAGGAGCACAACAGGCUUUACGUCGUACUAUGGAACUUUACUCGAACACAACGAGAUUCGCAUUUGCAUGCAAUCAAUCAAAUAAAAUUAUAGAACCGCUACAAAGUAGGUGUGCGAUUUUGAGGUAUUCAAAACUGCAAGAUGACCAAGUUCUUAAAAGACUACUAGAAAUAAUUAAGGCCGAAAAUGUUCAGUACACUAAUGACGGUCUGGAAGCAAUCAUAUUCACAGCAGAGGGGGAUAUGAGACAAGCGAUUAAUAACUUACAAAGUACUGUAGCCGGAUUUGGGUUGGUAAAUGGUGAAAAUGUCUUCAAAAUUGUUGACUCACCCCAUCCUUUGGUUGUCAAGAAAAUGCUUUUGGCGCCUUCACUUGAAGAGAGCUUAGUCUUUUUGAAGACUCUAUGGGAGAAAGGCUAUUCUGCUGUUGACAUAGUAACCACUUGUUUUCGUGUAACCAAAAAUCUGGAUGAUGUCAAAGAGGGCGUCCGUCUUGAGAUGAUCAAAGAAAUUGGCUUCACGCAUAUGAGAAUAUUGGAAGGUGUUGGUACGUAUCUGCAAUUAGCUGGCAUGCUUGCCAAAAUCAGCAAGCUCAAAAUUUAA